CCCCACCAUGAGCCCCGUGCCCAGGAUGUUUUUCACCUUGGCCCUGGCCUGCGCCAGCCCCUUCCUGGCGCCCGAGGCCCCGCGGCGGGCGCUGAACGUGGCCGUGGUGCUGAGCGGUUCCUCCUACGGCGCCGCGGGGCCGCGCCUGGCACCGGGGCCGCUGCCGGGCUCCGCCUUCGAGGUGAACCCCAUCGGGGUGGUGCUGAACGGCACCGACCCCCGGAGCCUCAUCCUGCGCCUCUGCGACCUCCUCUCCUCCCUGCCCGUCCAUGGCGUGGUCUUCGAGGACGAUGCCAGCUCCGAGGCCCUGGCCCAGAUCCUCGACUUCGUCUCGGCGCAGACGGCGGUGCCCAUCGUGGCCAUCAACGGCGGCUCCGCCAUCGUCCUCACGCCCAAGGAGAAGGGCUCCACGUUCCUGCAGCUGGGCUCCUCCACGGAGCAGCAGCUCCGGGUGAUCCUGGAGGUGCUGGAGGAGUACGAUUGGACGUCCUUCGCCGUCCUCACCACCCUGCUGCCGGGCCACGAGGACGUCGUGGACUACGUGGAGGUCCUGACCGAUGGCAGCUUCAUCGGCUGGGAGCACCGCGGCGUCCUCACGCUCAACCUCACCGGGGACCCCGACGGCUCCCGGCUGCGGCGCCAGCUCCGCGACGUCACCGCGCAGAUCCGGCUCCUCUACUGCUCCCGCGACGAGGCCGAGGCCAUUUUCCGUGCCGCCCACGACGUGGGCUUGACCGGCCCCGGUUACAUCUGGUUCCUGGUGGGCACCAACCUGGCCGGGAGCAGCCGGCUCCCAGAGCACGUCCCCGCGGGGCUCUUCGCGGUGCUGUCGGCAGGGUGGAGGGACGAGCUCCAGCACCGGCUCCGCAACGGCGUCGCCAUCGUGGCCAAGGGGGCCGAGGCGCUGCUGCGGGACUAUGGCUUCCUCCCCGAGUUCAACAGCGACUGCCGGGCGCCCAACGUCACCCACACCAAUGAGAACCUGCACCGGUACUUCAUGAACAUCACGUGGGGACAGAAGGACUUCUCCUUCAACGAGGAUGGGUACCUGGUGAACCCCUCCCUGGUGGUCAUUUCCCUCACCAAGGAGCGGAGCUGGGAGGUGGUGGGCAGCUGGGAGCACCAAAUCCUCCGCAUGAAGUACCCGGUGUGGUCCCGCUACGGGAAGUUCCUCCAACCGGUCGAUGGAGACCAGCACCUGAUGGUGGCCACCCUGGAGGAGCGUCCCUUCGUCAUCGUGGAGAGCAUCGACCCCUCCACCGGCACCUGCAUCCGUGACUCUGUGCCCUGCCGCAAGCAGCUCAACCGCACUUCCAGCCCCACCAUGGAGCUCUUCGAGAAGAAGUGCUGCAAAGGCUUCUGCAUUGACAUCCUCAAGCGCUUGGCGCGCACCGUCGGCUUCACCUACGACCUCUACCUGGUCACCAACGGCAAACAUGGCAAGAAGAUCGAUGGGGUGUGGAAUGGAAUGGUGGGAGAGGUGUUCUAUGGGCGCGCGGACAUGGCCAUCGGCUCCUUGACCAUCAACGAGGAGCGUUCCGAGAUCAUCGACUUCUCCGUGCCCUUCGUGGAGACCGGGAUCAGCGUCAUGGUGUCCCGGAGCAACGGCACCGUGUCCCCCUCCGCCUUCCUGGAGCCCUACAGCCCGGCCGUGUGGGUCAUGAUGUUUGUCAUGUGCCUCACCGUGGUGGCCGUCACUGUCUUCAUCUUCGAGUACUUCAGCCCCGUGGGCUACAACCGGAGCUUGGCCACAGGACAACGUGCUGGCGGCUCCACCUUCACCAUCGGCAAAUCCAUUUGGCUUCUUUGGGCUUUGGUCUUCAACAACUCGGUGCCGGUGGAGAACCCCAAGGGCACCACCAGUAAGAUCAUGGUGCUGGUCUGGGCCUUCUUCGCCGUCAUCUUCCUCGCCAGCUACACCGCGAACCUGGCGGCCUUCAUGAUCCAGGAGGAGUAUGUGGACACCGUGUCUGGCCUCAGCGACCGCAAGUUCCAGCGCCCGCAGGAGCAGUACCCGCCGCUGCGCUUCGGGACGGUGCCGAACGGGAGCACGGAGAAGAACAUCCGGAGCAAUUACCCAGCCAUGCACAGCUACAUGGUGCGCUUCAACCAGCGCGGUGUGGAGGACGCCCUGCAGCACCUCAAGACAGGGAAGCUGGACGCGUUCAUCUACGACGCGGCGGUGCUCAACUACAUGGCGCGCAAGGAGGAGGGCUGCAAGCUCGUCACCAUCGGCUCGGGCAAGGUCUUUGCCUCCACCGGCUACGGCAUCGCCCUGCAGCGCGGCUCCCGCUGGAAGCGCCCCGUUGACCUGGCGCUGCUGCAGCUCCUGGGCGACGACGAGAUCGAGAUGCUGGAGCGGCUGUGGCUGUCGGGGAUCUGCCACCAGGAGAAGCUGGAGGUGAUGAGCAGCAAACUGGACAUCGACAACAUGGCCGGGGUGUUCUACAUGCUCCUGGUGGCCAUGGGGCUCAGCCUCCUCGUCUUCGCCGCCGAGCACCUGGUGCACCGCGAGCUGCGGCACCGCCGGCACCCAGCCCCACGCCCACGGGCGCUGCUGGCACUCAGCAGGGGCAUGUACAGCUGCUGCAGCCCCGAGGACUCGUCCCCCUCCUCCCCCCACCCCCUCCCCCCUCCCCCUCUUCCCACCCCCCCUCCCCCUCCCCGCGACCGCCGCCCCCCCCGCACUCCCCCCCCUCGCCGGGGCCCGCCCCCUACCCCUGCCCCUCCCCCCGCCGCCUUCCAUCGUUUCUACGGCCCCAUCGAGCCGCAGGGGCUGAGCCGGGGAGGGGGCGGCGGCGGGGGGGUGGGGGUCGGGCCCUGCCCGCGCUCCCCCCCCCGCCCCUCCCCCCCGGAGCCCGGCCCCUCCCCCUGGUCCCGCCGCGCGCUGCGGGGGCUCUACGAGGUGGGGGGGGGAGGGGCAGGACACGACCCCUCUCCCCCCGACCCCCCCCUCUUCCCUUACUCCCGUUUGUUCUACGAGGACGAGAGGAGCCCCCCGCCCCCACCCCGCGAACGCCUCCCCCGCCGCGGCCCCCCCCGCGGGUUGGGGGUGGGGGGAGGCGGGGGGGACCCCGAGGCGCAGCCGCUGCUCCGCGCCCCCCCCGCCACCCCCCGCGCCCACCUCUGCCGGGGGCACCCCUCCCCCUUCGCCGCCGCCCCCCACCCGUUCUACCACGACCUCUCCGACUCCGACAACAACGAGGAUGGGGAUGGUUCCCAUGGCAACAACGAGGAUGGGGAUGGUCCCCAUAGCAACAACGAGGAUGGGGAUGGUUCCCAUAGCAACAACGAGGAUGGGGAUGGUCCCCAUAGCAACAACGAGGAUGGGGAUGGUCCCCAUAGCAACAACAAGGAUGGGGAUGGUCCCCAUGGCAACAACGAGGAUGGGGAUGGUCCCCAUAGCAACAACGAGGAUGGGGAUGGUCCCCAUAGCAACAACGAGGAUGGGGAUGGUCCCCAUGGCAACAACAAGGAUGGGGAUGGUCCCCAUAGCAACAACGAAGAUGGGGAUGGUUCCCAUGGCAACAACGAGGAUGGGGAUGGUUCCCAUGGCAACAACAAGGAUGGCGAUGGUCCCCAUGGCAACAACCAGGAUGGCGAUGGUCCCCAUGGCAACAACGAGGCUGGGGAUGAUUCCCAUAGCAACAACGAGGCUGGGGAUGGUUCCCAUGGCAACAACAAGGAUGGGGAUGGUCCCCACGGCGACAAGGAUGAGGAUGGUCCCCAUGGGGAUGAAGGUGACAACACGGUGACAGCAGCACCCAAGGGGUGCCUCUGA